AUGGAAACGGCUUCCGAUUUGGGUUCGCGUAUUAGUUUGUGGUCUGGAGACAUAACGAAGUUGGCCCUGGAUGCAAUCGCGAAUGCUGCUAACACCCAACUCAUCGGAGGAGGUGGUGUGGACGGAGCGAUUCACCGUGCUGCCGGACCCGAGUUGCAUCGGGCAUGUUUGGCUCUUAAAGGCUGUCCAACCGGCCAGGCGAGAAUCACUCCCGGAUUUCGAUUACCUGCUAAAUACAUCAUACAUUGUGUUGGACCGGUUGGCGAGAAACCCAAAGCACUUCAAUCCACGUACCAGCAUGCACUGGAAUUGUGCACGGAACAUUCGCUGAAAAGUAUCGCGUUUCCUUGCAUUUCUACAGGCAUUUAUGGUGAUCUUCACAAUAACAGAACGGCCUCAACUGACUCUUUUCACGAUCGUUUACUUUUUCUCUAG